GGCGCGCCGCGGGGUCCUCCAAGAUGGCGGCGCAGAGGAGGAGCCUGCUCCAGAGUGAGCAGCAGCCAAGCUGGACAGAUGACCUGCCACUCUGUCACCUCUCUGGAGUUGGUUCAGCGUCCAACCGCAGCUACUCUGCUGAUGGCAAGGGCACUGAGAGCCACCCUCCGGAGGACAACUGGCUUAAGUUCAGAAGUGAAAACAACUGCUUCCUGUACGGGGUCUUCAAUGGCUAUGAUGGCAACCGCGUGACCAACUUUGUGGCACAGAGGCUUUCUGCAGAGCUCCUGCUGGGCCAGCUCAACACUGAACACACUGAGGCUGAUGUGCGACGGGUCCUGCUGCAGGCCUUCGAUGUGGUGGAGAGGAGCUUCCUGGAGUCUAUCGAUGAUGCCUUAGCUGAGAAAGCAAGCCUCCAGUCCCAGCUGCCGGAGGGUGUGCCCCAGCACCAGCUGCCACCUCAGUACCAGAAGAUCCUCGAGAGACUCAAGGCACUGGAGAGGGAGAUUUCGGGAGGGGCAAUGGCUGUCGUGGCAGUCCUUCUCAACAACAAGCUCUACGUUGCCAAUGUCGGUACGAACAGGGCCCUUCUGUGCAAAUCUACAGUGGAUGGGUUACAGGUUACACAGCUAAACAUGGACCACACCACUGAGAACGAGGACGAGCUCUUUCGGCUUUCGCAACUGGGUUUAGAUGCAGGGAAGAUCAAGCAGAUAGGUGUCAUCUGUGGACAGGAGAGCACCAGGCGGAUUGGGGAUUACAAGGUCAAAUAUGGCUACACUGACAUUGACCUGCUCAGCGCUGCCAAGUCCAAACCCAUCAUCGCAGAGCCAGAAAUUCAUGGCGCACAGCCUCUGGAUGGCGUGACGGGCUUCCUGGUGCUGAUGUCAGAGGGGCUGUACAAGGCCCUGGAGGCAGCCCAUGGGCCUGGGCAGGCCAACCAGGAGAUUGCCGCGAUGAUUGACACCGAGUUUGCCAAGCAGACCUCCCUGGAUGCGGUUGCCCAGGCUGUGGUAGACCGUGUAAAGCGGAUCCACAGUGACACCUUUGCCAGUGGUGGGGAGCGUGCUAAGUUCUGCCCACGGCAUGAAGACAUGACCCUGCUGGUGAGGAACUUCGGCUAUCCACUGGGUGAAAUGAGCCAGCCUACACCGACCCCUGCCCCAGGGGGCCGUGUGUACCCUGUUUCUGUGCCCUACUCAAGUGCCCAGAGCACCAGCAAGACCAGUGUGACUCUGUCCCUCGUCAUGCCUUCUCAGGGCCAGAUGGUCAACGGCUCUCACAGUGCCUCCACUCUGGACGAAGCCACUCCCACACUCACUAACCAGAGCCCCACUCUGACCCUGCAGUCCACCAACACGCACACCCAGAGCAGCAGCUCCAGCUCUGAUGGGGGCCUCUUCCGCUCCAGACCGGCUCACUCACUUCCACCCGGAGAGGAUGGCCGUGUGGAGCCCUAUGUGGACUUUGCUGAGUUCUACCGACUCUGGAGCGUGGACCACGGCGAGCAGAGCGUGAUGACGGCACCUUAGUCUAGCCUCAGAGUGCAGCCUGGGCACAACUUUGUGUAGACACAGAGGGCCAGUGCCAAAGCAAGACACGCUUCCUGACCUUUGCAGGGGCCAUGGAACCCACGGGCAGUGAGUCACUGACGUACUGCAGGUUCGACCACAGCCCUGGGCUGUGGCCUGAGUACAGACUGCAUUGCUGCUGGUCCACACAGGAGGCUGGAGUCCAGACCACAGGCAUCCUUAGACAGGGCCAAAUAGGAAAGCUGCAGGUAGCUUACAAACCAUCACGAGUGCCUCCUGACAUGUUUAAAGACUAGCAAGAAACCGUCCUGUGGACCCCAGCUAUCAAAGGCCAGACAGACAUUGCUCCCUCGAGACUGCUCCACCUGCCUCAGCUUCCCCCGGAAGAGCCCGUUACCUCUGGGUGGCUAUCCCCUUCCCACCUUUCGGCCCAAACUCCUAGAUCCAGAGUAGCGAAUAACGGGAGUGGGUGCCUGUCACUGGGUGUCACUGGAAAAGUCCAGGGAAGCAGAGGGGCCUAUAACAGCCACAGAGGAGCAAGACAAGGAAGGACCAGAGAGAGCUGGCCAAGGAAUGCUAGUCCCGGGCUGCAGGUCAGCCAGCUGGCAGCUGAGCUAACUCAGAGAGCUGGCUUCCCAAUGGGGUGCAGUUAGUAGGCCAGGCCCACCAGGCAGCUGCAGUUGUGCUUCUGCUAGAUCCUGCCCUGGGGUGAGGCAGGCCAAGUCAGAAGCCAGUGCCUUCAUCCCAGCGGGUCCUGGGAAGCCGGUGAUAGGGGGUGUUGAGGCAACAGACCUCACGCUGGUGAGGAGGCUGCUUGGCUCCGGGCUCUGCCGAAAGAGGAGUGGGAUACGGCUGUGAGAGGGCUGAGGUUGAGUCUUGCUCACCCAGAAGACCAAGGACAUCAGGUGCAAUGAUGCGGACGUGCAGGGAAAAGACUCUGCUGGUCAGGCCCUGACUGGGGCCUGUUUACACAGAUUCUCUACCUUCAAACAGGAGGGCUACACAGCUGCCUGCAGUGUGGCCACCCCUGUGCUCCUCUUACCUGAGCCCUUCCAUCAGGAUUAGAGUCCAAGCUUAAAUCUGCAGCCCUUUCCCCACUGUGUGCAGCUACUGGGCAGGGUGCCCAUUAUGGCCUGUUGGCAAAGGCCAAUUCAGAGCACUUCUCAGACUCCAUUUCCCUAAAGCGAGGCUGCUUGCUCCGUGCUGAGGAGAAGCCCUGGGGUGGUGGGAAAAAGAAGCCUUCCUGCUCUCCACUAGGAAGUCACCUCUGCCCUGCAGGGGAGCAGCUCUCAGCUGGUGCACAAAGACUUGGGACAAAGGAGGUCCUCCCCAAGGAAUGUGGUGCUGUGUGGUCUCUAGAAAUAGAACCAUGUUCUUCAUGCAGUAAA